AUGGCCGCCGCUGCAGUUCAAGCUCCAUCACUUCCUGGUCCUCCGGGCCAACCAGACAUCGCAUACACCCCUAACCACGAUAAUUACCUGGCACGGAUCAAACGUCGCCAAGAGAAGGAAAGUUUGGAGAAGUCAUUGCCAGAGGGUUUCCCCCAGAAGCUGGAGUCAAAGCUAGUUUGGGAUGGCAACACGCUGGCUGAGCACUACGAUUGGAACUACAUUCUUACUGAGGCCGACAAGAAAGAGAUCGAUGAAGCACUCAAUUACUUCAAAUCUUUGAAGAAGCCCCUGGGUGAGAUAAGUCAGGAGACAUUCCCUUUGCCUAAUCUUCACAAGACCCUUCGCGCGAUCUCGGAUGAGAUCCACAACGGCCACGGGUUUAAGGUCGUUCGUGGGGUGCCCGUCGACAAAUACAGCCGUGAGGAGAAUGUCAUCGUUUAUGCCGGGAUCUCUUCUCAUGUGGCGCCGAUUCGUGGUCGACAAGACAACCAGUUCCAAGGCGAACCGGCAGAUGUAGUGCUCGCCCACAUCAAAGAUCUCACCAAAGUCGUAGACGCACAUAAGAUCGGUGCGCCGGCAUACACCACAGAGAAGCAGGUCUUUCACACAGACGCGGGCGAUGUGAUUGCCCUCUUCGCUCUUGGUGAGGCCGCUGAAGGUGGCCAGAGCUAUUUGUCGAGCAGCUGGCACGUCUAUAAUGAAUUAGCAAGAACCAGGCCAGAUUUGGUUCGUACCUUGGCUGAGCCAUGGGACGCCGACGAUAGACCUCUUUUGCAUCACCAGCCAGCAGCUGAUGGCAAGUCCGAACGUCUAAUUAUCCAGUACGCUCGACGUAGCUUCACCGGCUACUGGGGCCUCCCGCGAUCAUCAGAUAUCCCCCCCAUCACGGAGGCACAAGCCGAGGCCCUUGAUGCCCUGCACUUUCUCGCCGAGAAGUAUGCCGCCUCCUUGGAUUUUCUCAAAGGUGACAUCCAGUACGCCAACAACCUGAGCAUUUUCCACGCCCGUGGGGGUUUCGUGGACUCUGAUCAGAAACAGUAA